GCCAGGUCUGGGCCUGCCUCCGCUCCGCCCUCGGCGCUCAAGUCAGGCGGUUGCGGCAGCAGCAUAAGCUCCUUUCUGGAAGCCGCAGGGGGGUGGUGGCGGGGGGAGAGAGGGCAGGCGAACGGCGCCCGCUCCUUCCCCCCAGGCUGGCCGGCCGCCCUGCAGCUCCCCGGCUCGCUUCGCCAGCCCGGUGUGUGUGCGCGCGCCUCGUGCAUGCCUCCUCGGCCGCUUCCCUUGCGCGCCCACCCCCUGAGCAAGUGGGGCCUGGUGCGGCAAGGGGGCCGAGGCGGCAGGCUGAAAAAAGCAUGUACAUCCAAGCAGAGCCACCCACCAAUAAGUCAUUGUCCAGCCUAGUGGUGCAGCUGCUACAGUUCCAAGAAGAAGUGUUUGGGAAGCACGUCAGCAAUGCACCACUCACCAAACUGCCGAUAAAAUGCUUCCUGGAUUUUAAAGCUGGUGGUGCCCUGUGUCAUAUCCUUGCAGCAGCCUAUAAAUUCAAGAGUGAUCAAGGAUGGCGGCGUUUCGAUUUCCAGAAUCCAUCACGGAUGGACCGCAAUGUGGAGAUGUUCAUGACCAUUGAAAAAUCUCUAGUGCAGAACAAUUGCCUCUCCCGACCUAACAUCUAUUUGCAUCCAGACAUUGACCCUAAACUGCAAGCAAAACUGAAAGAUAUCAUCAAACGGCACCAGGGAACGGUUACUGAAGAUAAGAAUAAUGCUUCUCACAUCGUCUUUCCUGUUCCUGGUAGCCUGGAGGAAGAAGAGUGGGUUCGGCCCAUCAUGAAGAGAGACAAACAAGUCCUUCUGCACUGGGGCUACUACCCUGACAGCUAUGACACUUGGAUUCCAGCCAGUGAAAUUGAAGCCCCUGUGGAGGAUGCACCCUCAGCAGAGAAACCCCGUAAGGUUCAUGCGAAGUGGAUUCUGGAUACAGACACUUUUAAUGAGUGGAUGAAUGAAGAAGAUUAUGAGGUAAAUGAUGAGAAGAAUCCUGUUUCCCGUCGGAAGAAAAUCUCUGCCAAGACUCUCACUGACGAGGUUAACAGUCCUGACUCAGAUCGACGGGACAAGAAGGGAGGAAACUAUAAGAAAAGGAAACGUUCGCCCUCUCCUUCUCCUACUCCAGAAGCUAAAAAGAAGAAUGCCAAGAAAGGGCCUUCCACUCCCUACACCAAAUCUAAGCGUGGCCACCGUGAAGAGGAGCAAGAAGACCUCACUAAAGACAUGGAUGAGCCCUCCCCUGUCCCCAAUGUUGAAGAAGUGACACUACCGAAAACAGUGAACACCAAGAAAGAUUCCGAAUCUGCUCCUGUGAAGGGUGGCACCAUGACUGAUUUGGAUGAGCCAGAAGAUGAGAGCAUGGAGACAACAGGCAAGGUGAGCCAAGACGAAGAGGAGAGCAAUGCUGGCAAUAAGGGAGAGCAGGCCAAGAACCCUGACUUGCAUGAAGACAAUGUGACCGAGCAGACUCAUCACAUCAUUAUCCCCAGCUAUGCGGCCUGGUUUGACUAUAACAGUGUCCACGCCAUUGAGCGGAGAGCCCUCCCCGAAUUUUUCAAUGGCAAGAACAAGUCCAAGACUCCAGAAAUCUAUUUGGCAUAUCGCAAUUUCAUGAUUGACACAUACCGGCUCAAUCCCCAGGAGUACCUGACCUCAACUGCUUGUCGUCGGAACCUGGCUGGGGAUGUCUGUGCCAUCAUGAGGGUCCACGCCUUUCUGGAACAGUGGGGGCUUAUUAAUUACCAAGUGGAUGCAGAAAGUCGACCAACACCAAUGGGACCACCGCCUACAUCUCAUUUCCACGUUCUGGCUGACACUCCUUCAGGAUUGGUGCCACUGCAGCCCAAGACACCUCAGGGCCGUCAGAGUGACAGUGACACCAAAACUGGACGGAAGAGCAAGGAAAUUGAGGAUCUUGUCACGGAGACAGUGAAGGGGAAACCUGAGAUGCAGACCACAGCUUCCCAGCAAAUGCUGAACUUCCCUGACAAGAGCAAAGAGAAGCCACCAGACAUGCAAAACUUUGGACUUCGCACUGACAUGUACACCAAGAAGAACACUCCUUCCAAGAGCAAAGCUGCUGCCAGCGCUACUCGUGAGUGGACAGAGCAGGAGACAUUAUUGUUGCUAGAGGCACUGGAGAUGUACAAAGAUGACUGGAACAAGGUUUCUGAGCACGUUGGCAGUCGCACCCAAGAUGAGUGUAUUCUGCACUUCCUGCGUCUUCCUAUCGAGGACCCUUACCUGGAGGACUCGGAGGCUUCGCUUGGGCCCCUGGCCUAUCAGCCCAUUCCCUUCAGUCAAUCGGGCAACCCAGUAAUGAGCACUGUGGCCUUCCUGGCUUCUGUUGUGGACCCCCGUGUGGCAUCUGCAGCAGCCAAGUCAGCCCUAGAGGAGUUCUCCAAGAUGAAGGAGGAGGUGCCCACAGCUUUGGUUGAAGCUCAUGUUCGCAAGGUAGAGGAAGCAGCCAAGGUGACAGGCAAGGCAGACCCGGCAUUUGGGCUGGAGAGCAGCGGCAUUGCAGGAACCACGUCCGAUGAGCUGGAGAGAAUAGGUGAGGGGGGCGAGCGGGGCGCCUUCCGCGCUUCAGCCCGCGAAGCGCCCUCGUUGGACCUCGCCCAGUGUGCGGUGGGGACUAAGAAGGGUGCCGAGACGCAAGAGACCAGAGCCGGCCUGGCUUCCGGCCUGGAGCUCACACUCAAUCGCCUGGCACAGGAAGAGAGCUGCACGGAUGAGAACCGAACAGAAGCACCACCAUCAGAGGAGAAGAAAGAGGUGAAGGUGCGGGAGGGCGAACCAAGAGAAGGAACCCUGGAAGAGGAAGUGAAAGAUAAGCUUGGAGAGAUGCCCAGGAAAGAAGAGGAUAAAAGCAAAGAGGCUGAUGGUGAGAAGGAAAUGGACAAGAGUGAUGGAGAUGCUAUGGCUGAUGAAAAGGAGAAAGAACCCAAGGAUGGCCAGGAAGAGGGACCCAAAGAUCUCUCAGAGACAGAGGGUGAGCGGAAGACCAAGGUGGAGAGAGACAUUGGCGAAGGUAACCUCUCCACUGCAGCAGCUGCUGCUCUGGCUGCUGCAGCAGUCAAGGCCAAGCACUUGGCAGCAGUGGAGGAGCGUAAAAUCAAGUCACUGGUUGCCUUGCUGGUGGAAACACAGAUGAAGAAGCUUGAAAUCAAGUUGAGGCACUUUGAGGAGCUGGAGACCAUCAUGGAUCGGGAGCGCGAGGCACUAGAGUACCAGAGACAGCAACUCCUGGCUGAUCGACAGGCCUUCCACAUGGAGCAGCUCAAGUAUGCAGAGAUGCGUGCUCGCCAGCAGCAUUUCCAGCAGAUGCAUCAACAGCAGCAGCAACCGCCACCGCCACCGCCCCUCUCCACAAGCUCCCAGCCCCUCCCUUCCUCAGGGGCCCCCCUGGCACCAGCUGCCCACUCCAUGCCCAUUUCACAGACACCUGUGCCAGCUGUCAGCACUGGAGGCCAGCCCAGCAGUAUGGCUCAAACAGAACAGAUUGGGCAGCCAGUGGCCGUUCAACCCCAGCAGACAGCAACUGGACCACCACCAACAGGCCCAGGGCAAACUGGACAGCCGCCUGCAGUUUCUCAUGCCCAGCCUCCGUUCCCCAGCCAGCAGCCAUCAUCCCAGAUUCUCCCCGGGGCAGUCCCAGCAGCUGUUCACCCUGCCAUGGCUGGUAAUAUCCCCUCGGCUCUGCCUUUUGGAAUGCCUGCCUCCAUCCCAUUUAGCAUGGCUAGUAACGUAACAGACUCCAUCGGCAUUAACUUCCCUGCUAACAUGCCCAUCCAUCCAGUGCAUGGUAACCUUACGUGCAGCAUGGCUAAUCCGCCCAUCGUCAACGUCUCUAGCACCCUGCACCCUGCUGCCGCCCCACUGCCUCACGGUUCUGCAGCUGCCCAAAGCCCAGCUAUCGUGGCAGCAAUGCAGGGCAGCCUCCUUCCAAAUGCUGGUCUUGGAUCAGAUCAAGGACCAUCACUGCAAGCGGAUUCUAUUGCUCCCAGCCCCAGCACGGCCACACCAGUCCCACCCACACAGUGAGAAGUGAUGAGCUGUUCUUGAUGCCUCCUUGAUCGGUCCUUGCCAUCUGGAAGGACAGAAGCCCCAAAUCGUGUUAAACAUGGAUUCUAUUUGGGUGGGUUUUAAAAAGGCUUCGAAACAGUGGUCCAAGGAGGAAGAGGAUUUGGCUCAGCUGACUCCCUUUCCCUGUGUGUCUCUGUCCCAUCCCAUGUUCCCAAAGCUUUUUUUUUUAAUCCAGACAUACCAAGACUUUUUAUUUAAAGGUGUUUCUAAUUGGUGGGGGUGGGGGAAGGCUCUAUCUCCAAGCAGCCACUGCUAUUUAUAGAGGGCUUUGAUUUUAAACCUGGUUGAAAGGGGAGUUUAACUCCUUUUAUGUGUCUGUCUUGCUCUUUUUUUAAAACAAUAAAGAAAAAAUACAAUAAACCUUU